UCCACAUUCCAAGAUGGCGGGGGAGGUGUAUCUCUUGUGGCUGCUGCCGGUGUUGCAAGCGGUGGCGGCCUACGGUGCGGAGCUGUCCUCAGAGGCGUGCAGAGACAUGGGCUUCUCCAGCAACCUGCUGUGCAGCUCCUGCGACCUGCUGGGCCAGUUCGGCCUGGCGCAGCUCGACCCCUUCUGCAGACAGUGCUGCCAGGAGGAGGCGCAGAUCGAGUCCAGGAAGCACUACCCCGGUGCCAUCCUGGAGGUCUGUGGAUGAAAAUUGGGGAGGUUCCCUCAAGUCCAAGCUUUUGUCAGGAGUGACAAGCCGAAGAUGUUCAAAGGUCUUCAGAUCAAGUACGUCCGAGGCUCAGACCCCGUGCUCAAGCUGCUGGACGAUAACGGGAACAUCGCUGAGGAACUCAGCAUCCUCAAGUGGAACACAGACAGCGUGGAGGAAUUCCUCAGUGAAAAGCUGGACCGAAUCUAGCCCAGCAGCAGCCAGUGUGCGCUCAACCAUCUCUCUUUCUGUUCUGCAUUUGCAUAUAGUUCAUGAAUUCGUAGAGAGUUAUUUACUGACGACUACAAGUACACUCUGUUGUUUUUCGAUUGUUUUCUGUUUUUGUUAUGAACCAGGUUGUUAUGAACUGUGUAAACUUUUUUUUUUUUGUUUGUUUGUUUGUAAGUGCUAGUAAUAUUCGGUGAAGACAAAUACAAACACAAAUGCCUGUCAGCCAUUAAUGGAUGUGGCCACAGAACAGAAUCACCUGGCAGAAUGGUUGCCUUGAUUACACCCAGAAACAAAUUCGUAUUAUUAGUUUUGAAUUUGACGUUUUUUCUCUCUGUAGUGUAGUUUUGUACAGUUUCGUAAUGGUUGUGGUGUCAGGAGUGGGAUGGCUGUGAGGGGUUGGGAGCUCACAGCCUCUGCACAUGCAGAACGCCCUGAGGCGGGUGCACGUUAGUGAGGGCUUCACAGUAAACCAGCUCUGGGAUGUGCAGCCUGAUGUCCCUGUGUACCUCCCCGAGGGUCUUAUGCAUGCCAGAAACGGUCAGCUUCCAAGCGAGGAGAUUGAAUGAACUCUGAAGCCACAAUAAAAUGAAAUGCG